AUGGCUGGCUCACGAUUGUACGUUGGUGGUAUGCCCCGUGGUACACGGGAACGUGAUUUGGAACGGUUCUUCAAAGGCUACGGAAGAAUAUGUGACAUCAUGAUUAAGAACGGAUAUGGCUUCGUUGAACUCGAGGACCGCCGAGAUGCGGACGAUGCCGUCUGUGAAUUGGACGGUAAAGAUCUACUGGGCGAGAGAGUGUCCGUCGAGCAAGCUAGAGAGAGACCCCGUGGAGGCGUUGUACGUCGGGGUGGACGCUCUGGAAAAGUCCGUAAGGGAUCUCGUAACGGACCUCCGAGAAGGUCCAAGUAUCGUGCGAUUGUGAAGAAUGUCUCAUCAAGUGUUAGCUGGCAGGAUUUGAAAGACUACCUUCGUCAAGCCGGGGAAGUCACCUAUGCCGACACCCAUCGGCCAAGGAAGAAUGAAGGAAUAGUAGAGUUUGAGUCGAGGAGAGAUAUGGAGAAAGCGAUUGAUGAAAUGGACAACACAGAAUUAAAUGGCCGUCAUAUUCGGUUGAUGGUGGAUGACGGUGCCCGCAGCAAGCGUGGUUAUUUCCGUUCGAUAGACAGCCGAUCCCGAUCACGAUCGCGUCGUCGUUCUCGAUCACGAUCUGGUUGUUCUUAUCGCACGCGUUCAGAAUCAAGGUCGUCGUUCAGAUCAGUGUCGCCGAAAAAACGACGCGAUGAACGACGAAAACGCCAUCGUGAAGAGUCUCGUUCGCGCUCACGAUCGAUCAAUGGCGAUGCGAAGAAGUAUUGUUCUCGGUCACGUUCAAAGUCCCCACGAUCCAACCUGGAAAACAGCAAAUCACGCUCUCGUUCUCGUUCCAAGAAUACGUUCCGCUCUCGUUCGCAUUCCAAAUCGGAGCGUCGUUCAUACAAUCGUUCAAAAUUAAGAGACAACAAAGUUCGACCCCGUUCAAAGUUCUCCUUGCGCUCCAUCUCUCGAUCUUCUUCACGUUCCAAUUCAGGCUCUAGAACUCGAUCCGUAUCUCGAGAUGACAAAAAUCGGUCCCAUUCACAGGGUACAUACAACAUCUAG